CCCAAAAUGUGUUAUAUGUUGUACAUGCAAACAAUAAAUGAGUGAAAGUAUGGCGCUUAUUAUGAUUUACUGUCGUCGAUAGGUGACAAUGUUUUAACAUUAAUCAUAACAAACUUGAUGCGGACGUGAAAGAUUUUGAUAAGAAUAAUAUUGUAAAUAUAAAGUAUGUAAGAAUUAAGGUUGCGCUAUUACAUCCGUUUAAUAAUUAUGCGUGUAUUCUUAUCGCGUACAUGUGUCAUUAUGUACACGUCUACGUGAUAUCUGAAUCCUACGUGGCAAUGUUCAUUAGUAAUAAUUGUUUUAUACCUUGAUGCCAUUGUGUUGAUAUGCGAGCGCUACAAGAAAAUUUCAGUUUUAAUCUAUGUUAAAACACAUUUAAAUUGAAUUGUUAGUGGGUAAUGCAAUCAAAAAAAAAGAAAUUGGGAACAAUGAGAGCUGUAAUUCUUGUUGGUGGAUAUGGUACUAGAUUAAGACCGCUUACAUUAAGUCGACCUAAGCCAUUGGUUGAAUUCGCUAACAAACCGAUGCUGUUACAUCAGAUAGAAGCUUUGGUAGAGACAAAUGUAAAAGAAGUAAUAUUAGCUGUAUCUUAUCGUGCAGAAGAGAUGGAAAAAGAUUUGGGUGAAGAAGCUAAAAAGUUAGGAGUACGUUUAAUUUUUUCACAUGAGCCAGAACCUCUGGGUACUGCAGGACCACUUGCACUUGUACAUGAUCUUUUGUGUUCAGGGGAUGAACCAUUCUUUGUAUUAAAUUCUGAUAUCAUUUGUGAUUUUCCAUUCAGGCAGUUAUUAGAAUUUCAUAAAAGUCAUGGUAAAGAAGGUACCAUAAUUGUUACUAAAGUAGAAGAACCAUCGAAAUAUGGUGUGGUCGUUUAUAAAGAUGAUGGGAAGAUAGAAAGCUUUGUAGAAAAGCCACAAGAAUUUAUCUCCAAUAAAAUUAAUGCAGGUAUGUAUAUUUUUAACCCAAGUAUCUUAAAAAGAAUACAGCUGAAGCCUACAAGUAUAGAGAAAGAGGUCUUCCCACAUAUGGCAAGGGAUGGAGAAUUAUUUGCAAUGGAAUUAACAGGAUUUUGGAUGGAUGUAGGACAACCAAAAGAUUUUCUCAAAGGGAUGAGUAUGUACUUAACAUCUUUAAGACAGAAAUCCCCUGAAAAGUUACACUCUGGUCCAGGCAUUGUAGGAAACGUUUUGAUAGAUGAAACAGCAACAAUUGGGAAAGAUUGUAGAAUUGGACCUAAUGUUACAAUUGGUCCUGGUGUGGUAUUAUCUGAUGGGUGUUGUAUCAAACGGAGCACUAUUCUUAAAGCAGCUGUAAUAAAAGAGCAUGCUUGGCUAGAUGGAUGCAUCGUGGGUUGGAGAAGUGUUGUAGGUCGUUGGGUACGCAUGGAAGGCAUAACGGUUCUCGGUGAAGAUGUAAUUGUUAAAGACGAAUUGUACAUCAACGGAGGUCAAGUUUUACCUCACAAAAAUAUUUCCAGUUCAGUGCCAGAGCCGCAAAUAAUUAUGUGACUAAAGACAAUAUUUCUUAAUGUACUCGUUGAACAUAAUCGACGAUCAAAUUGGGAAACUUCCUACAAACAAAAAAGUUUCUAUCAGCUUCAUUAGAUACAUGUAAAUUAAUGUUGACUAUACAUUUAUUUGUAUCAUUUUUAUAUUUACUAUUUAAAUAAGCUUUAUUGGUAGUCCUCGUACUACUAUAGCAGCU